GUGACUAUUAAGAAUAUUGAAAGAGAGCUUAUUUGCCCAGCCUGCAAGGAGCUGUUUACCCACCCACUGAUUCUGCCUUGUCAACAUAGCAUCUGUCAUAAAUGUGUAAAAGAACUCUUACUGACUGUCGAUGAUAUGUUCAAUGAUGUGGGAUCAGACAACUCCAAUCAGAGCAGUCCUCGACUUCGGCUUUCCUCCCCUAGCAUGGAUAAAAUUGACAGAAUUAACAGAUCAGGCUGGAAGCGCAAUUCAUUGACUCCUAGGACAACUACUUUUCCUUGCCCUGGCUGCGAACAUGAUGUGGAUCUUGGAGAACGAGGAGUCAAUGGUCUGUUUCGAAAUUUCACUUUGGAAACUAUUGUUGAGAGAUACCGCCAGGCAGCCAGGGCCGCCACGGCCAUUAUGUGCGACCUCUGUAAGCCACCAGCUCAGGAAUCCACAAAGAGUUGCAUGGACUGCAGUGCCAGCUACUGCAAUGAAUGCUUCAAAAUCUAUCACCCUUGGGGUACUGUGAAGGCUCAGCAUGAGUAUGUGGGCCCCACCACUAAUUUCAGACCCAAGAUUUUAAUGUGCCCAGAACAUGAAACGGAGAGAAUAAACAUGUACUGUGAACUCUGUCGGAGGCCGGUGUGUCACCUCUGUAAGUUGGGUGGUAAUCAUGCCACUCACCGUGUAACCACCAUGAGCAGUGCCUACAAAACCUUAAAGGAUAAGCUUUCAAAGGAUAUUGAUUACCUUAUUGGUAAAGAGGGCCAGGUGAAGAGUCAAAUUUCUGAACUCAACUUGUUAAUGAAAGAAACAGAGUGCAAUGGAGAGAGGGCUAAAGAAGAAGCGGUUACACAUUUUGAAAAGCUUUUUGAAAUCCUAGAAGAGAGGAAAUCAUCUGUUCUGAAAGCAAUUGAUGUCUCUAAGAAACUAAGACUGGAAAAAUUUCAGACUCAAGUGGAGGAGUAUCAGGGGCUUCUAGAGAACAACGGACUCGUGGGAUAUGCCCAGGAAGUGCUGAAGGAGACGGAUCAGUCUUGCUUUGUGCAGACAGCAAAGCAGCUCCACCUCAGAAUACAGAAAGCCACAGAAUCUCUGAAGAGCUUUAGACCAGCAGCCCAGACUUCUUUUGAAGACUAUGUUGUUAAUACGUGUAAACAAACAGAAGUUCUUGGAGAAUUGUCCUUUUUCUCCAGUGGGGUAGAUGCGCCUGAGAUGAACGAGGAACAGAGCAAGGUUUAUAACAAUGCCUUGGUAAGCUGGCACCAUCCGGAAAAGGACAAGGCUGAUGGAUUUGUUCUGGAAUAUCGGAAAAUUAACCGAGAUGAGGACAUGUCAUGGGGCGAGGUCCAAGUGUGCGGCACAAGCAAAGUCGUGUCUGGUCUCGAAGAUGGCAGUCACUAUGCCUUCCGGGUGCGAGCGUACAAGGGCUCCAUCUGCAGCCCCUGCAGCAGAGAGCUGAUUCUCCAUACUCCACCGGCUCCAGUUUUCAGUUUCCUUUUUGAUGAAAAAUGUGGCUAUAAUAACGAACGCCUCCUGCUAAACUUGAAGAGAGAUCGAGUGGAGAGCCGAGCCGGAUUUACUACUCUGCUCGCUGCAGAACGCAUCCAAGUGGGUUAUUACACGAGCUUAGACUACAUCAUUGGAGACACUGGGAUUGCAAAAGGGAAGCAUUUCUGGGCCUUCCGCGUGGAACCGUACUCAUACCUGGUGAAAGUGGGAGUUGCUUCCAGUGACAAACUGCAGGAAUGGCUCCAUUCUCCCCGGGAUGCAGUUAGCCCAAGGUAUGAACAGGACAGUGGGCAUGACAGUGGAAGCGAAGAUACCUGUUUUGAUUCUUCACAGCCUUUUACCUUGGUUGCUAUCGGCAUGAAGAAAUUUUUUAUACCCAAGUCACCUACUUCUAAUGAACCUGAAAAUAGAGUUCUUUCCAUGCCAACAACUAUAGGAAUUUUCCUGGACUGUGAUAAAGGCAAAGUGAGUUUCUAUGAUACAGAGCACAUGAAAUGUCUAUAUGAGCGCCAGGUAGACUGUUCGCACAUGAUGUACCCAGCGUUUGCAUUAAUGGGCAGUGGAGCUGUUCAACUUGAAGAAUCUAUCACCGCAAAAUACCUGGAAUACCAAGAAGAUAUGUAGUUUCAGUAUCCCACGUGACUAGCAUGGAAAAUGUGAGCAGCGCAAUGCCUCGCUGUUAGCUUUGUAAUCAAUUACAUAUCAUCCAGCUCUUCUGGCACGA